AGCUUCGCGCGGCGGUCGCCGUCCCUCCUCCCCUCGUACUUUGCCUCGUGUGCGAAAACUACCGGCACAUAUUUCACCAAGUGUUGAGAGACUAUGAACUAUUCAAUACACUUCGUGUUCCUCAUUCUGUGCUCAAAAUGUAUAGCUGUAAACAUCAAGCGUUUAGACGUGCCAGCCUUAGUGGAGCUCGGCACGGAGUCAGUCAUCCUGGACUGCGACUACAGCACGGGAGAAACUCCAGGCCCUGGACUGGUCAUAAAGUGGUUCUUCAACGGCUCUACAGGCCUCGUCUACCAGUGGAUACCACCGCUGCAACCACAGUUUAUAGGACUUCUAAAGGGAAAAGUUGACCCGAAUUUUAAAAUAUCGGAUGAGCCUUUACAGGCUUACCGAGCCAUCAAAAUAAUAAACCCUGGCACACACUUGAGCGGCAACUAUACGUGUGUGGUGUCUACAUUCAUUGCUGAGGAUAGUCAAACGAGAUCCAUGUUAGUGUACAGUCCGGGCAAGAGUUUUCAUUUCCAGCAAGAGAAAAAAUAUGUAUUUUUAGUAACGUUAAGAUGUGUCGCGGAGUACUUGUACCCUCGACCAGUUCUAACUAUAUUAUCAAAAGGCAAGCCACUGGAGCGAGCACUGACUGACAUGAGGAUGGAUUCCUGGGGCAUGUACACCGUGGAGACGACGGCGCUGGUCCACGACGAUGACGUCACCAGCCCCUGGGAGGAGUUCGUCUGUGUAUUGAGCUUACCCUUAGCUAAUUAUACUAGUAAUAGAACUACUGUUUAUUAUCCAGGUCUUAUGCCAACGCAUAGUGCAAGCAUAGAAGUGAAGAAACCACAGGAGCAUCAAGCAAGCAAUAGUUCCCCGCUCCGGAGGUGCACUCUAUUAUACACUUUACUAAUAAGCAUUAAAAUUACUUUUUAAUAAACUAAGUAACAUUGUACAUACUGAUUUAGUCUAGAAUAUUAAGUCUAUGACUUUAUGAAAGACGUAGCCUUUUAAGUUCAUUAAGUUUGUUGGCUUCUCGUUUAGGUUCAUAUUUUAGACUGAAAACUUAUUAGUUGUUGUUUUUGACUACCGAGUAGUUUGUAUAAAUUAAUGUUGGUUACGUAUAAAGCUUCGUAUAAAGAUUGUUUUAGAAUGUCUACAAAAUCUGUGAUACUUUAGUUUUAAAAAUGUUUAAUAUUGUUGAAAGGCAAAGGUAAUUUUAUAAAGCUUUUAAUUUUCAUAAUUUUAAAAUCUAGGGUAAAUGACAUAAUUAAGUAUUACUUGGAUGUGACAGUAUUAUUUUUAAAAAUAACAACCGUCUACUUUACCGGUACUGAUUGUAGCUUUUUGAUAUACACCCUGUAAA